UUAUUUAAAUGUUUCUCGCACACUGGUGAAAGUUAUAUGGGACGCAACGCCCCUUUGAUUAUUCAAUUCGUCCUUCAACCGAAGUUUCUGCACCUUCCGUACCGCCGGCUCUGUUCCCUGGUGGCCAUCACAUCAUUUGCUUUUGCUUUGAAAACUCUUUGGCGACUUCGUUUUCGAAUCUCAUACUCUCCCAGAUGCCUCGUGCUUCCUCCAAGAAAGGCUCCUCCAGCUCCACCACUUCAGCAACCAUGGAUCUCUUUCGCUCUGCUUCAGGCAAAGCAGCAAGUAAAGAGUUAGACCGAAUCGAUCAAGUGUUUUAUACCUAUGCUAAUAAUGUGUCUGGUUUAAUUGACCCCGAAGGAAUUGAGGCUCUUUGUUCAGACCUGGAAGUGGAACAUACUGAUGUUCGCAUAUUAAUGCUGGCUUGGAAAAUGCAAUCAGAAAAACAAGGAUACUUUACUCGGGAGGAGUGGAGAAAAGGGUUAAAAGCAUUACGAGCCGACACAUUGCAAAAAUUGAAGAAAGCUCUUCCGGAACUGGAGAAAGAAGUUAGAAGAGCAUCAAAUUUUGUGGAUUUCUACGCUUAUGCAUUUCGGUAUUGCUUAACAGAGGAGAAACAGAAGAGCAUAGAUAUUGAAAGUAUCUGUGUAUUGCUGGAUCUUGUUUUAGGCUCUCAAUUUCGGAACCAAGUAGAAGAACUGAUCCACUAUUUGAAAAUCCAGAGUGAUUACAAGGUCAUCAAUAUGGAUCAAUGGAUGGGAUUUUUCAGAUUUUGCAGUGAGAUAAGUUUCCCGGACUUUAGCAAUUAUGAUCCAGAGCUUGCUUGGCCUUUGGUCCUUGACAAUUUCGUUGAGUGGAUGAGACAGAAGCAAGGGUAAAACAAAGCAGGACUCGUAUAGAUUGUGUUAUAUUGCAUUUUGCUUUUGGCGUCUUUUUUCCCAAACACGGGUUUAGGAAAAAAAAAAAAAAAAAGGAAAAGAGGGUGGCAUGACAAAAAAUGGUCAACCAUUUCCUCCUGUUUUUUUUUUUUGUCAAAAUGGCACCAAAGGCCAGUCAUUGUACAAGUUUAUAUUUUAGCAAUUGCCUCGAGAUGAGAGCACUCAUUCAACUGAUUGUGAACUUUCAAAAACUGGAAAUUGUACUGUGAAUGAUAAACUCUUCAUUACAAACUCCUACUAUUCAUUGUACUCCAUGCAAAAUAUACAUAUGAUGGCUGGGGUUAAUCCCUCCUCAAACCGGGCCCCAAUACGC